AUGGCUCGAGCCGAUGCUUCAAUGCGGCGCGCGGUCGUCGUCGGCCUGCUCUGCAUGGCGUCGGCCCUCGAGCGCCGCAGGAAGAUUGCCGUCGUCGGCUCCGCCAACUUCGACACGACCUACGCCGUCGGCGCCAAAUUGCCGACCGCCGGCGAGACCGUCGUGACGGGCGGUGCGCCGGCGACGUGCUGCGGCGGCAAGGGCCUGAACCAGGCCGUCGCCGCGGCCCGCGUCGGCGGAGGCGUCGGCGGCGCCGGCGUCGACGUAGAAUUUGCGGCGCGCGUCGGCGACGACGCCGCGGCCGCAGCCGUGCGGUCCGCGCUCGCGGACGCGGGCGUCGGCGCGGCGCGCGUCGCGGCGACGGCCGCCGCGGGCACGGGCCUCGGCGUCGUGCUCCUCGAGGACGGCGGCGAGGUGCUGAGCGUCGUCGUCCGCGGCGCGAACUUCGCCGGCUGGGACGGCGGCGAGGCCUGGGACGACCUCGUCGCGGGCGCCUCGGUCCUCCUGCUCCAGCAGGAGAUCCCCGAGGCCGUCAACGCCGCCGCCGCCGCCGCGGCGAGGCGGGCGGGCGGCGUGAUCGUGUUGCAGGACGCCGGCGGCGAGGACCGGCCGCUCGACCCAGAACACGUCGCGAACUGCGACUAUUUGAGCCCGAACCUCUCGGAGCUCCGGCGCCUCGUCGGCGCCGACGUGUCCCUCGACGGCGACGGCGCCCUCGACGCCGCCUGCCGGUCGCUGAUCCCGCCGGGCGCUGCGACGAAGGUGCUCCUGACGCUCGGCGCGCGCGGCAGCCGCCUCGUGUCGCGCGACGGCCCGACGCUCGCGUCGCCCGCG